GGCGCGCCAGCUGCGGGAUGCUAACGCGACCAGACACCCAUCCUCUCCGCUCUCCCUCUGUGGAGAGGACGAUUUGGGAGAGGUGAAGGCAAAUCAAGAAUCAGAACUGAAACUCAAAUCAUUUGCUCCUCCAUAUGAUCAUUCUGGGCAGUCUUCCUGAUGCCAUCACAGCCUCUGCCUGAACCCCAACAGGAAGGUCCAAAGCAGCAGAUGCAAACCCAGACAGGGCAAACUGGUGGAUUACUCUGUGUCCAGAAAAAUGGAGCUCAAGGCCAUGAACAGAUACACCAUCCCAGGGAACCUGGCUGUCUUCCCCUAUCUGACCAUGGGGUUGCUGGCUAUUGGCUGGUUCUUCACUCGCUGGUACUUUGUUUAUGAAGCCACCUCCACCAAGCACACUCAUGAUAUGUACAAAAAGCUUCUCAUCUCCUUGGUGGCCUUGCUAUUCAUUGACUUUGGAGUUCUCUUCCUGUUACUCUGGGUUGGCAUCUACAUAUGAGCUCCAAGGGAUCCAACCAGGUAGAGUCAUUGAAUCUUGGUUUUUGUAAAUUAAUUUUUUUAACUGUUGCUGUAAGUGUCCCAUCUGCUGCUCACAGUAAAGGCAGAUGUGGAAAGAGAAAGAAAGAAGGAAGAAGAAGAGGAAGAAGAAGAAGGAGAAGGAGAAGGAGAAGAAAGAAGAAAGAAAGAAAGAAAGAAAGAGAGAACGAAGAAAGAAAGAGGAGGAAGGGAGGGAGGGAAGGAGGAAGGAAGGAAGGAAAGAAGGAAGGAAGGAAGGAAGGAAGAAGGAAGGAAAGAAAUCCUGAAUAGGAACGUCAGAAUAAGUUUGAUGCUGGUAAACUGCUCAGCAUUGCCCCUGACCUUCAGAACUAGGACCAUGUCAUCCUCAUAGCAUUUACUCAGGGCCACAGCUGCAAAGUCAUGGAAACCUGCAAAGCAAGCCCAUCAUCAGGCAAUAAAAAUCAUAAUAGCACUUACUAUGUGCCAGGCACUGUUGAUUGAGU